AUGAACAACUGUAGAAAUCUCAGAUACAUUUGCGAUGGUUGCCUCAGGUCUUUCGAUGGUUUGAAAACAUUGACCAAACCAAUUCUGGAUAAAAAUGAUGAAAUAGAAUUAGAAAUUAAAAAUAUUUCUGAACAUACAACCGCGUUAUGUAAAGAUUUUUGCGAACUAAAGCAAUUGGUAGUGGCAAAUGGUGAUAGGUUGAACCAGAUCAACAGCGUCGACAAUAAAUCAUUUGACAAUUUCAAGCAGCAGAUGAAUGAAUCUUGGACUGGUAUAGUCAAACAGGGUAUUAAAAAUAUUUCUGAACAUACAACCGCGUUAUGUAAAGAUUUUUGCGAACUAAAGCAAUUGGUAGUGGCAAAUGGUGAUAGGUUGAACCAGAUCAACAGCGUCGACAAUAAAUCAUUUGACAAUUUCAAGCAGCAGAUGAAUGAAUCUUGGACUGGUAUAGUCAAACAGGGUAUCGAUGCGGUUAAAAAUGACGUCAAGGUUGUGCAGCGUACCCUCGAAAUGGUGAAUACUAUCAAAGAGAGAGAAAACAACGUCAUUAUUUUAAACUUAAUUGAAUUUAAUAGAAAGGACAAUGAUUCAGUUUCUGCUAUUUUGCGCUCUCUCACUGAUAACUUUAUCAAGGAUGAUAAUAUUUUAAGAGUCACCAGACAAGGGAGGAAAAUUGGUGAUUCCAAAACUCCACGUCCAGUUAUUGUUAAAUUCGCCAGUUUUGUCAUCAAAAACAGAGUCAUGCGUAGUAUUUCGAAAAUUAAGUCUCUCGAGGGUGAAUUCAACAAAAUCAAAAUCAGUCAUGAUCUAACACGUGAUCAGCGCGUUGAGCUGCGAGAAUUGAUUGCUGAAGCUAAAACUAAAGAAGCUAAUGAUGGCCAUUUUUUAUACAGAGUGAGGGGCCAAGUGGGACGCUGGAAAAUAGUAAAGCUUCAAAAAACUGCGAUCAUCUAUUUCUUACAAGUGUUGAGGCCUCAUGAUCCUUACCAUGGUGGUCUUAUUGUUUUUUUCAAGAAGAUGUUCAAGGCCAGGAAAAUUGAAGUUCCGGUUUUUCAGACCUUCGAGGCUAUUAUAGUUGAAUUUUCUUUUAAGCGUCGCAAAGUUUUUGUUUUUGGUAUUUACAGACCAGGUUCAAAAUUGGUCACAUCUUUGUUUUUUGGUGAGCUGACAUCGGUGUUGGAACAUUUAUUUGCAUUAGGUGAUGGUUUGAUAGUGGCUGGGGAUUUUAACAUUCAUAUUGAAAGGCCUGGUGAUACACACUCAAUUAAUUUGCUUGAAAUAUUUGAUUCGUUUCAGUUAACAAACGUGGUUAAUGAGCCUACCCAUAACUUGGGUGGCACACUUGAUUUAGUUGCGUCCACUCCUGAUAUUCCUUUGUUUAAUUGUAGAGUGGAUCCCAGUGGUGCUUAUUCAGAUCAUGGUCUGAUUAAUGUUUCAUUCUCGCCCAGGUUAAUCAUUGUCUUCAUAAAUUUAAAAACAUAA